UGUAACAGCCUGGCUGGGGGGAGGAAGCCUGCAAUUCAUCAGGAAAACGCCUUGUACAAAGUCCUAAACAGUUUCUAGUUCCUUGGAACUUGCGCCAGCAGGCCUGCAGCUAGUUUUCUCCUUGAUUGCAAGCCUUCAACAAGGUGUGCCAGAAAGGGCUAAAUCUUAUAAUCUGAGUUUUGCACUGUCUGUACAAUAUCAAGAAUACAGCUUUGUGCUGAGUGAUAACAUUCUUUCUCGAACAGUACUCUGAUUUCUGGCACUAAUGGCUUUAAACAAAAUGAAGGAUUCAACAUCUGAUGACACAGAGCGCGUCACUGUUGGCUACGUGAAGGGAAUUCUUCAACCCACACCUACAUGUGACAGCUGGGAUCAGAUUUGGAACUUCCAAGCCAAAACUGAUGAUCUGCUUAUUUCUACCUAUCCUAAAGCAGGAACAACAUGGACUCAGGAGAUUGUGGACUUAAUACAAAAUGAAGGUGAUAUUGGCAAAAGUCAACGAGCACCUACUCAUAUACGAUUUCCUUUCAUUGAAUGGAUAAUGCCAUCUAUAGGAUCUGGUUUGGAACAAGCUAAUGACAUGCCCUCACCACGGACCCUGAAAACACAUCUUCCCUUUCACUUGCUGCCGCCAUCCUUCCUAGAGAAAAAUUGUAAGAUAAUCUAUGUAGCAAGAAAUCCCAAGGACAAUAUGGUAUCUUACUACCACUUCCAUAGAAUGAAUAAGGCACUUCCUGCUCCAGGAACCUGGGAGGAAUAUUUUGAGAGCUUUCUGACUGGAAAAGUGUGCUGGGGUUCUUGGUAUGACCAUGUAAAGGGAUGGUGGAAAGCCAAAGACCAACACAACAUUCUCUACCUCUUCUAUGAAGACAUGAAGAAGGUAAGGAGCUGUGCUAUCUAA